GAGUUAAUCUUCACAUUUUCAACAACAUAAAAUCACACUCGAUACUUUCAUUUCAAUCCGUUCAUUCUGGGAAUUACCAAACUAAUUUUAUUGUACUUCAAACAUCUCGCUCAUAAAAUGACUUCGGAAGAAAUCGAAGCUUCUCAAUCUGGGGACGAUGGAGGAAUGGGAGGUCCUGGUGCACCAACGCCACUCUCUGCCUUGGAGGGCGUCGCAGGUCUAACUAAGAGAGAUAUUCAAAUGAUCGUAGAUGGUGGUUACAAUACUGUAGAGUCUGUCGCAUACACGCCGCGGCGAAUUCUAGAACAAAUCAAGGGUAUCUCUGAGCAGAAGGCCACAAAGAUUCUUACGGAAGCAUCGAAACUGGUCCCCAUGGGUUUCACAACCGCCACUGAAAUGCAUCAACGAAGAAGCGAAUUGAUAUCUAUUACGACUGGUUCCAAGCAAUUAGAUACACUUCUGGCAGGAGGAGUGGAAACCGGAUCUGUUACCGAAAUAUUUGGAGAGUUCCGUACUGGAAAGAGUCAAAUUUGCCAUACUCUAGCAGUUACCUGUCAACUGCCAUUUGAUAUGGGUGGCGGAGAAGGCAAAUGUCUGUAUAUCGAUACGGAAGGCACGUUUCGUCCUGUGCGUUUACUUGCGGUAGCCAAUCGAUACGGUCUAUCCGGAGAAGAAGUUUUGGACAAUGUUGCAUAUGCAAGAGCCUACAACUCCGAUCAUCAGUUGCAACUUCUUAAUCAAGCAGCACAAAUGAUGUGCGAAACCCGAUUCUCCCUACUAAUCGUUGACAGUGCCACUGCACUAUACCGCACAGAUUUCACAGGUAGAGGUGAAUUAUCCUCUCGUCAAAUGCAUCUAGCAAAAUUCAUGCGCAUGCUUCAACGUCUAGCCGAUGAAUUUGGUAUCGCUGUGGUAAUCACAAAUCAAGUUGUUGCACAAGUUGAUGGAGGACCAAGUGCCAUGUUCAAUCCAGACCCCAAGAAACCUAUCGGAGGUAAUAUUAUUGCACAUGCAAGUACCACUAGAUUAAGUCUCAAGAAGGGUCGUGGAGAAACUAGAAUUUGCAAGAUCUAUGAUAGUCCUUGUUUACCAGAGAGCGAUUGUCUUUUCGCUAUCAAUGAAGAUGGUAUCGGAGAUCCAAGUCCAAAAGAUCUUGAGAAGGAUUAGAGGGGGGUUUUAUUGGCGUAGAUGCAUCAUGAUUUUAUGUGGUUCUCAUGGUUAUUUGAUUUUCUUUGCGCUUUAGCUGGCAUGGAGGGCAUGGUAGCGGUCAUGGGUGACAAAUGGAGCUUAUAGGGUGAACUUGGGAGGAAUCAUUUUCAUUAUUGUGAAACCUUUACAAAUGGAAUUGUUUGUAUUUAGUAAUUCAGUAGCACAUAGCAAUUUCUAUAGUAUACCUUCCGGGUAAUAACA